UGAUGCACUCACGUCGCUCCGCCCAUAUCCCGCCUCACUUCUGACGUCUUUCCGCACAGUAAGAUGGUGGCCGGAGCUUUUCCCAUCGCUAAACUUCUCUACCUGGGGGUAAGACAGCUCAGCAAACCUGUUGCCAACCGGAUAAAAGCUGGGGCACGCAGAAGCGAGUUCUUCAAAAACUACAUCUGCCUGCCGCCCGCCCAGUUGUACCACUGGGUGGACAUGAGUGCCAAGAUGAGGAUCAUGGGAUUUCGGGGAACACACAUCAAGCCGCUGAAUGAGGAGGCUGCGGCCGAGCUGGGUGCAGAGCUGCUGGGGGAGGCAAUCAUCUUCACAGUGGGCGGAGUCUGUAUGAUUGCUGAAUACGCCCGCCAGAGCGCCAACACACGCCACAAAGAGGAAGAGCUGAACAACACACUGCAGAGCCUUCAGGAUCAAGUGACGCAGCUGAGCCUCACCGCUGAAACGCUGGACGCCCAGCUGAGAGAGGUCAACAGACGCUUACUCACUGGCCCCACCAAAUAACAGCUACUGUACUUUAUUCCUUCUAGGCAGUUAACAUGCGCCAGUGUUAUAUUCUAAUGCGGAAUAAGGACUGAUCCUGAUUUCUGUCUGCAGUGGAGUGUUAAAAAAUGUCACUUCCUUUAUCAAAGUGAUUAUCAGAGUGGUCACAGUAAACUGGUGGUCAUUUGGUAGAGGUGGGCUUUAAGAGAGUGCUAACCAAGGGUUUCUUUCUUUUUUGCAUUAGCAGUGUUGUAAAAAUCAGUACAUAAGAAAAUGAACAAGAACUUCAUCUAUUUGGCUAUUAAAGAUACCAAAAAGGAUCAGCAACAACUUGAUCUUCUACCUUUUAUAGCCAAAGAACGAUGAGAUAUUCAACACAAGAAAAGAGGGCCAAUCUGAGGUACUAGAAAGGGAUUUUAAAACCCGGGUUAGCACUCUGUUAAUGUUUGACCGAAUUGUAUGAGCUUUGAUCCUGUUUGACAUGAAACUGCUGGUUUGUGUUUUGACUCUAUAUCAAAAGAAACGCAAUGUACAUUAAAGGAGAUUGCAUUAUUUUUUUA